AAGAAAAAUUAGGGGGAUUGAUUAGUUUAGUUCUUUCUGAAAUUGUGAAGAGAUGGAUGUAAGGGGGCAUUUUAGGACAAAGAUGACACAUUCCCCAAAAGGUUUCCAUUGGUGGGCCUUCUUCUUCUUCUUCUUCUUCAUUUUCUCUGUUUCUCUUCUUCCAUUUUAUGCCCCUCUCAUUUCUCACUCUGUUUUUCUUUAAAAUCAAAGCCUCUAAACCCUAUACUCUACUAACAACCAUCACAAUGAAACCUACUCAACCCUCACCAUUUUCAUUCCCUUUCUUUCUCUUCCUCUUCCUUUUUCUCUUCCCCAUCACAUCCUCUGUGUCUCCCACCGCCGCCCCAACCUCCUUACCCUCGCCGUCCUCUUCCUCCUCCACCCUCGACCCCAAGCAACUAAGAGCCCUUCAAUCUCUUAACAUUCCUACUUCUAGAGACCCAUGUUUCCCGUCCUCCCUUCACAAUGUCACUCUCUGCGACUCCUCUGCCCCCUUCCGCCACCUUCUUUCCCUUCGCCUCGCCAACUGCUCCGACGACGUCGCUUUGUCUUUCACUGCCCUCAAGUCCCUCUCUACUCUCCAAUCUCUCCAGUUCCUCAACUGCCCCAUUUCCCCCAUUCACUUCCCCUCCGAUCUUGCCACUUCCCUCCGUUCCUUCACUUGCAUUCGAAGUCUCCGUAAGCUUACGGGUGUUUGGCUCAGCCGCCUUCGGAACCUCACUGAGCUCACUGUCUCUGAUGUCUCUAUUACUGCCUCUGGCCCUUAUGUCAUUCUUGGUAAUAUGAAAUCCCUCACGUCUCUUACUAUUUCUCAUGCCAAUCUCACAGGCUUUGUUCCUAAACACCUCAAUCUCAACCUUACCCAUAUUGAUUUUUCCGGCAAUAAGCUCAGGGGAAAGAUACCCACCUCCGUUACAUUGCUUGAAAAUCUUGAAACCUUGAACUUGUCGUUAAAUUGGCUCAAAUAUGAGAUCCCCACUUCAAUUGGGGACUUGAUUUCGCUACGAAACUUGUCUUUAGCUUCUAAUUCACUUUCGGGACCAAUCCCGGAGUCUUUUUCGGCCAUCCCAGGGCUGAUUCAUCUUGAUUUGGGUUCGAACCAGUUGAAUGGAACGAUUCCCAGGUUCAUUUCCGAGAUGAAAAGCUUGAAGUACUUGAAUCUAGAGAACAAUAUGUUUCAUGGUGUAAUUCCUUUCAAUGAGUCGUUCAUCAAGAGGUUGGAAGUGUUUAAGAUUCAGGGGAAUAACAACCUAUGCUAUAACCAUUCGAUAUUAUCGUCAAAGUUGAACCUUGGCAUUGCUCCAUGUGAUAAACAUGGUUUGCCGGUACCCCCACCGCCGGAUAAAGACGCGGACGACGGCGAUUCGGUGGAGGAUGAUAGUGGGAGUGAUUAUGAUGGGAGUGAUGAGAAUGAUGUUAAUCACAAGGAAAAUAAUCAUCAUCACGGGCCCAACAAGGUAGUUCUUGGAGUGGCAAUUGGGCUAUCUUCUUUAGUUUUUCUCAUUGUUUUCUCUGUUCUCUUAUCCAAGUGUUGUCGUUGAGAUCGCAGAGCUAUGGAAUCGCCAUCAUAAAUUGCAUUAGAGAUAGAAACAUUAUUUUGGAAACAGAUCUGAUCUCACACGUAAGUAUGAUAUUACACUUGUCAAUGAGAAAAUUCUUUUUGUUUUUUGUUUUGAAGUCGGAAGGGUGGAAUUGAAUUAAGAGCUACUGGUUCCAUUUUUUUUAUUUAUUUUCUCAGCUUUGAUGGUGAAAUCUCUUAAUAUAUAUUUAUGCAAUUCGUUAUGAGAGACAUGUUAUCUUGAUUAUUGUA